AUGCGCGUUUUCAAGUGGACUCCUACUUUCACACCGUCUAAGGAGUCAUCAAUUGUACCGGUGUGGGUUAGUUUUCCGAAGCUACCAGCACAUCUGUUCCGCAAGGAAGUUCUUUUCACGGUGGCGAGCAUGAUUGAAACUCCUCUGCAAAUUGACGAUGCGACACUCAAUCAGUCCAAGCUCUCCAAGGCAAGGGCAUGCAUUGAAUUGGAUCUUCUCAAACCGCGCCUUGAAGACUUUCAAAUCCAGAUUUGUGGGGCAACUAUUGUGCAACGUAUUGAGUACGAGGAUAUCCCGCACUACUGCUCUUUGUGCAAACAUGUUGGGCAUCGAGACUCAGACUGCUAUACGGAAGGCGAUGCUCCCAAACCACCCCCCCAAAAGCCGAGAAAUCGUGCUGAAAAGAAGGUUGCUGAAGAGGUCGGGCGAGGCAAAGCAGUUGCAAAGGAAACGUUGCUGAAGAGGUCGGGCGAGGCAAAGCAGUUGCAAAGGAAACUGGUGAGAGCUCAAAGAUGA